UCCCCUUCUGCAGAGCAGAGAGAUCGCUCUUCCUGCGGUCAGCUCUAUGUGACAGCCAGCACUGGCGCAUUGUCUUUUUUCCCCCAUUUCAUUUUAUUUUUUCACCCCACUCUUUGCAUUGGACACUUGAUACGACGCCCGCAGCUUUGCGUCUUUCUCGUCGGACGUCAGGGUCGCCGCUGGUCUUCUCUAUCAUGGGCAACAGGGACGAUGAAUACGAUUUCUUGUUCAAAGUUGUUCUUAUCGGAGACUCGGGCGUCGGAAAGAGCAACCUGCUGUCACGCUUCACCCGCAACGAAUUUAACCUGGAGAGUAAAAGCACGAUCGGGGUGGAGUUCGCGACCCGCAGCAUCCAGGUGGACGGCAAGACGAUAAAGGCGCAGAUUUGGGACACGGCCGGGCAGGAGCGCUACCGGGCCAUCACCUCAGCCUACUACCGGGGUGCAGUCGGUGCUCUGCUGGUGUACGACAUCGCCAAACAUUUGACAUACGAGAAUGUGGAGCGCUGGUUGAAGGAGCUGAGGGACCACGCUGACAACAACAUUGUCAUCAUGCUGGUGGGCAACAAGAGCGACCUGCGCCACCUGAGGGCAGUGCCAACCGAUGAGGCCCGGGCUUUUGCAGAGAAGAAUAACCUGUCAUUUAUUGAGACCUCAGCUCUGGAUUCAACCAACGUGGAGGAGGCGUUCAAGAACAUUCUAACAGAGAUCUAUCGCAUCGUAUCACAGAAGCAGAUCGCUGAUCGAUCAGCUCAUGAUGAAUCUCCAGGGAACAACGUGGUGGACAUCAGCGUGCCGCCCACCACGGACGGGCAAAAGGGCAGCAAACUGCAAUGCUGCCAAAACCUGUAACCGUGACGACCAACCAUCACCCCAACACCCCCCACCCCACCACCCACUACACUCAUCUCCCGUUUUCUCUCUACGUGUCGUGCGCUGACGUUCGAUUUAUUUGUGUAAUAUAUAUUUUUUCUUUUUGAUAGCUUCUCAACUCACGUAUGCACACAUACCGAGACAGACACUCGUACACACGUAUUUCUGACAUGAAAUAAAAUUUUACAGUACAAA